AAUAUCAGAGGCCCAUUUCAAUUGCGAUGCACAAUUUCUUUGUUCAAACACUCGUGCUACUGCAUUGCACUACGUAGCUGGUCGAGAUCGGAUUUCCAGCGCCGUCGCUAGAAAAUUAAAGUAAUCGGAUUUUCUGGAGGCGCGAGGCGGCGGAGUGAUGGCCGCUAUCAAGGAGCUGACACGCGAUCUAGAGAACAAAGCCAACGAUUUCAGAAAACUUGAGAAAGAUAUUCAGAAGAACCAACAAGUAAAGAAGAAGUACACCAUUCAGCUCGGAGAAAACGAGCUUGUGCUCAAGGAACUGGAUCUGUUGAACGAGGACACGAAUGUGUACAAAUUGAUUGGUCCGGUGCUAGUGAAGCAGGAUUUGGCUGAGGCUAAUGCCAAUGUUCGGAAACGGAUAGAAUACAUCUCUGCCGAAUUGAAACGCUUAGAUGGUACUCUUCAAGAUUUACAAGAAAAGCUAAAUAGCAAGCAAGAAUCGAUUUCCAAGCUACAACAAAGAAUCCAGACUCUUCAGGCUGGAAAAGCAAAGGCCUAAUAUGCACGUGCAACCCCUGUAACUUGGUUGGCUUGAACAUAGACGUGGCCUCUUUAUUUCAAAAUUGCAGUUCAUCCAUUAAUAUUGUCAUUUUGUAGGUAAAUGAUGAGGACUUUAGUCGUUGUAUUAUCAACUUCAUAUAUAUUCCAUGUAACAUGUGAAAGUUGAAAACAUUGUUGAUGGAUGAUAUUGUGCUCAUAUGGAAUUCAUAGGGGUUGUAUCA